AUGAGGAUAGCUCGUAAGAAUGCUAGAAGACUGGCCAAAACCCCUGUUCAGGUGCUGAAAGUCAAAGUUUGCCGCCUGAAGUGGUCGAAACUCUGGGUGCGGUUUGUCUCGGCUGACGGCGAACCUCUGGACAUUAGCUCGACGCAGAUUCGAGACAUCAUCGAGGGUGGCAAGAUGUCUUCUGAGGAGCUUCAUGAGAGGCUCAAGGACAUGGUCUUGAGUCCCGAGGUGUUGAACGAGAUCCUCGCCAGCCAGCCAUCGCGUGACGUUUCUCUAAAUUGGCGGUAA